UGAAAUUGCAGUUUCCAGAUGGCUUUCAAGCGCAGUGGAUUGUCUUUCUGUAGGUUGUGCAACGACAACUUAAAAUAUGGGAUCUAAUGAAUCCAAACCAGAUGAUGAACAUUUAUUAGGGGAUACACAUAAUGAAAUAACAGUGCUCUUUGACAAGAUCAAAAUUGUGCUCAUUGGAUGUCAGAACGAUGGGAAAAAUAAGAUUGGAAAUGCCAUUCUCGGGAAGAACGCCUUCACAUACCGCAACACACGUAAAGAACACUACUUGAAGGAUGACAACACAAUAUUUGGAAGACGCAUUACGUUAAUCCGUGUCCCUGGUUGGUCUCAAGACUUGAGCUCUGAUGAUAUUAAGCAAUUUAAAAUCCAGCAAGUGAUUAAAGACAGUGUGAAGUCGUUUAAAGAUGGACCUCAUGCUAUUCUACUGGUUGUGAAAAGAAACACGACACUUACAGUGAGAACAAGAGAGACACUGGAAAAACUUUUGGGUUCCAAUGUUUCUGAGCAUAUGCUAGUUUUUUCUAUAGAUGGAGCAAAGAUUUCAUUUGCUACCAUGAUUGACCACUGUGCAGAGAGGAGACAAACAACAAUUGACAGAUGCAAAAAAAGAUAUCACCUCUUUAGGAGAUGCAUGUGUGGAAAGCAAAACAUGGAGUUAAUUGAAAUAAUUGAGGACUUCAUUAUGAAGAAGAAAGCCAUUCAUUUUUAUUCCAUUGGGAAGGAACAACCAAAGCCUGAACGGCAGGUUCAGCAGCUGGCUACUCUGGUGAAUAGACUGAAACAGAGAAUUUCAGAUCUGAGUGAGUACAUCUCAAAAUUACAAUCACGCAACCAGACAGAGACUUCUAAACUGCGAAGAACAAUAGAGUUAAAGAAUGAAGAAAUAAGGAAUCUACAAGCUGUGCUGAGACAAAAGGAGGAAGCACUGAGAGAAAUGAAGGAGGAGACAGAAAGACUAAGGUCAAACCAAAGAACCACAGAGAUGUCUGCCCUGCAUGGAAGGAUAACAAAGCUUGAGAAUGAAGGAAGAGAAAGAGAAAAGGAGCUUCAGAAAAUGUUGGAAGAAAAUGAACAGAAAAAGGCAGAGAUAAGAACAUUGAAAGAAGAAAAUCAAGAAUUAAAGGACAUUUUGUGUGUGCAAGAAAGAAAAAGGAGCCAAAUCCACAGGAGGAUGUCAAACGGAACCGAGUCAUUGGAAUUAUGUGUGCUGCCCCCAACAGACUACAACUGCAGCAACAUUGAAGGUGGAAUGGAAAAAUUCAAACAAGCUGGCAUGGCAGGUAAGAUAUUUAUGUUCACCUGUGUUUUGUGUAACUGUUAACCCCAAUUUAAGUGUUAGUGGUGUUGCCUGUAGUUGUUUUAGGUCUAUCACCAGCAUAUAGUGUAUAUAUAUCAGAUAUAAUAAUAUAUUUCACUUGUCUUGCACUUGACUCAAUUACUUGAAUCUUUAUUCAGCAGUUGUGUCCUGUACUUUAGUCUUUACGCCUCUUUUUUGUGUUAGUUUUUUUUUUCUCCUGGAGGGUGAUGCCUUAGUGUAUGAAUUUGUCAUCUUUAUGUUUCAAGUGUUUCCAUAUAUUGCACCACUUAGAUUUCCAAUUAUUC